UAGAACGAAUCAGUGCAGAUGGUGAUUAGUUCGGUCCCGUUCACCCAAACAAUUCGUUCAAAAAGAACGAAUCGUUCGCGACCGAUACAACACUAACCCCUUACCCCUUCCCGUCCGUUUUGCGCGUUCACGUGUAGGGGUAGGGCUGUCCCAAUUCACGCUAAUGUGUGGGCUUUCCACCCCUCCAAACGGAGGGCCAUGACUACCCUCACUCCAAACGGAGGGUUAUGCGAAAUUUCCCAGGGUGCAAAGCGAUUACCCCCCGAAUCAUUUCCAAAAUGGCGGAAGCAAAGAAAGAAGUACACAAAUGGAGUCCAGCACAAACAAAGAGGCUUAUUAGGUUUCGCGCUGAGAACGAAGAACGAUUCUUGAAGUCAAAAGCCUCGGCCAAACAGUGGAAGAAGCUGAUCAAGGAGCUGGGGCUGCAGGGGAAGGUGUCCUCCCAGCAGGUCUCCAAAAAAUACAAGGAGCUGAAAACUCCCUGCUCUGGGGGUGGGACAGACGAAGGCCAGGAGACCGCCACAACGUGGCAAUAUUAUGAGGAUAUGCAUGCGGUGCUGGGAGGAAGGGCAGCAAUGGACCCUCCACUCUUGGUGGAUGCAUGCGCAGAGGGGGAUACCAUCAUCCAAAGUGCUUUGAACGUCGCUGAGCCCAGCACCUCCGAUGCGCCAUGCACCGCCACCGUUCCUGCUGUUCCCUUAUCAUGUCAGAGUCGUCCUCCACCAUCCACAUCCCCAUCCCCUAAAAGAAGAAAGUCCAACCCUAUACUUGACUACCUGGUACACGAGAGUGAGAAGGAGCAGAAACGCCAUGAGGAGAUGGAGCAGAGAAUGGACCGCUUUUUAGCGCUGUUUGAGCGCAUGGUGGACAAAAUGUAACAUCGCUGAGCCCAGAAUGUGCCAUGUGCUGUUCCUGCUCCAGUCACCCCACCAUCUCUUCAUUUUGUUUAUUGAUUGUCUUAUGUUCAUUUUUUUAAUCUGGUCAUAUUCAUACUGUUUAUUUUCCGUAGUUGCACCACACACUUUCAGACACUUUACGCUAUAAUUUGCACUAUGUUCACUAUUUCAGAAAAGAAGCUGCUAAUAAAAGAAAGGAAUAACAGUUUGUGAGCACGAUUAUCACAUCAGCGUCAUAUGAAUGGCUGAAACAUAUUGGUUUGAAGAGAUUUAUUUUGUAAAAUAAAAAUGUGAUGCAUUACAUUACAAUGU